AUGGCUGCGGGAGGAGCAACGGCCCCCGGACAUCGGCCGUCGAAGGGUGGAGGGGUCGUGUGCAGCCAGCCGGCCGCCGCCCCAACGGCCUUGCGCGGCCGAGGCUCCCCCGCGACCGGCUCCUCACGGCGGCCGAUGAGGGCAGUGAGACCAGCACACGCCGCCGCCUCCGCGCCAGGCCAUGAAGGGAAGGGGGAGAGGCCGGCCGUCGUCCGCUGCGGGGCCAAGGGCCGCGCACCUGCGCUUGCCGCAAGCGCCGCCAGCAGUUGCAAGGGGGAAGGGUCGCGCGCCGCCACCGGCCGGCCCCUGGCCACCUGCUGCCGCGGGGGGAGGGGGAGGGGGAGGGGAGGGGCCGGCCUGCCACCACGUCACGGAGGGGAGGACGAGGACGCCGCGCUGCCCCCCACCUCUAGCCUCGGCCGCCGCCGGCCAUGGAAGGGAGGGGGAGAGCAGGGCCAAGCGCCGCCCCGCAGCCACACGAGGCCAAGCGUCGCCGCCGCCGCAGCAGAACAGGGCCAAGCGAAGCAGCAGCAUUGGCAGAACGGCAAGCACGGCCCCAGAUUACCGAUAGAGCGUGGUCGUGGCCAAAGAAAGGGUGCUUACCCUCGCCGCCUGCCUAUACGGCUCCCUCUGCUCGUUCCACUGUCCAACGCAUGCGAAGGAGGACUGGAGGAGCAGCAACGCCACAGGCAGGCAACGCCAGCCCUUCGCAGCUCCCCCCACGCCCUCACACUCUGCAGAGCACACCUGCCAGCAGCCUUGCCGACAGAGUGGCCAUUGGAAGAUGACCAGUAG